CGAGGAUAAACUCGUGAAAAUGUUUGGGAGAACAAAGUGCAAGGAAGUUCCCAUUCUCGUGGAGCUCGAGGAACAGCUGACGAGUGAUUCCUGUGCAAAAAUCAUUACUGAGUUGAUUAAAUACAUUCUCUACCAGAAACAGCAGAUUCCCUUCUCCUGGGACUCACUGGUGCAGCUCCAACCGAGAUUUAAACCCAAUGACAGGAACUACGGAUUCACGAAAAAUCUUUUUGCGUCUCUGGAGAGUAUAUCCGGGGAAUUGACAGAACAGCUGCACCUGGGGGGUUGUGACGUCAAGGAGGUGGUGAUGUUGAUAGGUGCUACGACGAUUUCCCCAAAGUUCUUGAUCAGAGUAGAAAUCCCUGGGAAUAUUCUCAGCAGCAGAAGACACAUGGAGUUUCAGCAUUCUUACAGGAAGCCUCUGCUCACGCUGAUGAGAACUGUUAUCGAGUGCCAGGAGUUCCAGGACGCGAUGACUGUUCCCCUGGUUCCUACGAAUACUUUUGUCCUCCUCCAGAAGAGCGACUCAAAUCCAAAAUCUGAUUUUUUCCUGCCGAAGCCCCAGUACUCCCCGAACUCCCAGUCUUUGAGUUUUUGUAUUAAACUCCACCACAACGAGAUCCGGGGGGACUGCCAGUGCUCCGGCAUCGUCAGGCCGUACUUCGACAACCCCAACGAUCGGCUGCAAGACAUCUCCGAGGAGAAACACGAUGUCGUUGCUCCCUACCUCUGGUAUCAGUCGAAAGAAAUCGUCAAAGGGUUUAAAUACCAGAGAUAACACUAGAAAAAUCAAUAAAA